AUGAAAAAUCUUUUCUUCAGGUUUGAGAAAGAGAGAUUAGAAAAGGAUCAGCUGAUCGACGAAUUACUGGACAAGGUAGAGGGCCUGACCGUAGCAGGACUGCAGAUGGAAGAACACAUCAGAAACCUUGAACGACUGAACAAAGAAAAUGAAAGAAAAAUCAGUUCAAUGUCCGAAGAGAUGCAGCUGAAAAACGAAAUGAUUGAAAAGGCGAAGGUUACAGAAGUCCAAAGGAAGGAAAACGAGGAGAGAGACCAGAUGCUAAUUAUUUUGGAAAACACGGUCGCAGUUCUCUCGAUGGAGAAGGACACUUUGCAUCGAGAUCUACAGCAAAACGAUAAAAGCCGAGAAGAAAUGCAAAUGAAAAUGAACAAGCUGAAUCAGGACCUGGAAGGAUUUCGAAAAGAGAAUGGAAGGAAAGAGAAAAACAUAGAAAAGCUGAAGAGGGAGAACGAGAACAAGACCUUGAAGAUGAAAGGUUUAGAGGACGAGUUACAAGUCCUCACCAUUCAGACACAGAUGGCCCGCGAAAAUUUAAAAGAGCUCGACCAAUGUAAAAGAGAAUUAGCUGAAAAAAACAAGGAACUAGAAAAGCUGAGAGAACAGAACUGGCAGAAGGAUAGCAAGAUCCUUCGACUGGAAAAUGAAUGCACCCAGAAACAAUUGGAAGUCAGCGGUUUACUGAAAGAAUCUAAAUCUGUUGUAGCAGAACAACCGACGGCAAAUGGAAAGAUGAAUGACCUGAUUAGAAGGAAAGUUCAACUUGGAUUCGAUCCUGCUGAAACGAAGGAGCACUAG